ACAGCUUGUGGAGGUGGAAUUCCCAGCCUGUAAUGAAGUGUGGGACGCAAGCUGGAGAUUUUCUCUUGUCCACCAACAUUUUGUUGUCUGGCAACGACUAUGCGAAGGUCGCCCUCUUGUUCAAGUUCAUGAACAUGGGGAUGGUGAAGAAGAACACCUUCGUGUCCAUUCAGGACGCUUACUGUGUGGACACAGUGAAGAGCUUCUGGGAAGAGAGGAGGACUGAGGCCCUCAGUGGCCUUCAGGGGAAAGAUGUUGUGGUCCUAGCGGAUGGCAGAAAUGACUCACCAGGCCAUCGUGCACAUUACUGCAGCUUCGCCACCAUGGAGAAUGACACUAAGGAGAUCAUUCAUGUUGCCACCAUCAACAAGCAGCAGACAUCCUGCAACUCUGUCGUCGUGGAGAAGGAGGGUUUUAUCAAGACUGUAGACAAGCUUACAUCAGAGAUAAAGCUAGUGGAGAUCUGCACAGGUGCUAAUGCCCAGAUCACAGCCCUUAUGAACCCAGACGAAGGCAGAAACAAGGACCCUGGAAUUCAUCACAGUCAGGACAUGUGGCGUAGUGCCAAGAACCUGGUCAAAAAAAGAGCUGCUGCACUGUGGCUUGGCAUCACUCAACAUGUUUGUGACACUUCCACCUGGACUAAUGGAAGGUGUCAACAUGGGUACCUGAAAGAAAGAAAGGCGUGGAUCCAGAAAGACUCCAGGUGCCACAAAGCUUUAGUGGACAUUGUUCUCAGUAAGCGUUGGCUGAAGGAUGUGCAUAAAUACCUGCGCUUCAGAUCAACUGCAGACCUAGAGGCAUUUCAGAAUCAUGUAUUGAUGUAUGUCAGCAAGCGCUUCACCUUCAGUCCCCCAGUUUAUGAGGCAAAAGUUCUGCUUUCUGCUCUGGACUAUAACUUCCACCGAAGAAGGCUGAACAAAAAAAACAGCAGAAGAUACAACUUAUAUGCCCUGAAAUCUGAAAAAAUCAUCUCCGAGCUGCAAGCAAGGAUUCUAAAGAGGAGAAUCACAAGUGGAGAGGGGAUGCCUAGAAGGAAGACAGUGUUGCCUGCAGAUGUCCAGAAGCUGUUGGUGAUUAAAGAAGAGGUUCCCACUGAGUGGAGCCCCAGUCUGGACCAGGAGGACCCAGAGCCCCUACAGAUAAAAGAAGAACAGGAGGAACUCUGGACCAGUCAGGAGGGAGAGCAGCUUACUGGACUGGAGGAGGCUGAUAUCACCAGUUUCCCAUUCACUGCUGUUACUGUGAAGAGUGAAGAUGAGGAAGAGAAACCUCUGUCUCCACAGCUUCAUCAAAGCCAAACUGAGGACAACAGAGAGGCAGAGCCUUCAGCCAGAAGCUCAGCUACGCAGAUAAAAACAGAAACUGAUGGAGGAUCAGAACCUGCUGGGAACCUUGAUCCAGAUAGUCAUUUACAACCAGAUACUGAUGAAAAAGCUUCAAACACUGAAGUCAGUGAUAAUGACUGGCAAGAACCUUUGUCAGAUUCUGAAGCUGAAACUGAAGACAGUGACAAUGGUUGGAAGGAGACCAGAGCACCUGAGUCAGGUGUAAAUGCUCUGAAAUAUAAGGAAGCUCCUGUAAGUGAUGCAGGAUGUAAUGCUGGGAAAGAAUCAUUUAGUUGCCCUGAAUGUGGUAAACAAUAUCACUAUAAGGGGUCUCUUCAGAAACACAUUAUGUGUCAUUCAGGAAAAAGGUCCUCCAACCGUGUGGAUAAUAAGAAAUGUUUCAGAGUGAAGGAAAAUGUAGAUUCACAGAUGAGAGGCCCCACAGGAGAGAAAAAAUUUGGCUGUGAUGUUUGUGGUAAGAAAUUUAAAGAACAGGGGAAUCUCAAGACACACAUGAGAUGCCACACUGGAGAGAAGCCAUUUGGCUGUGAUCUUUGUGGUAAACGCUUUAACCAGCACAUACAACUUAAGAAACACACAAGAGUCCACACAGGAGAGAAACCAUUUGGCUGUGAUCUUUGUGGGAAGAAAUUUUCCGUACAGGUAAAUCUUAAGACACACAUGAGACUCCACACAGGAGAGAAACCAUUUGGCUGUGAUGUUUGUAGUAAAAGAUUUAACCAGCAGAUACAUCUUAAGGAACACAUGAGAGUUCAUUCAGGAGAGAAACCAUGUGGCUGUGAUGUUUGUGGUAAGAAAUUUAGAGAACAGUGGAAUCUUAAGACACACAUGAGAGUCCACACAGGGGAGAAACCAUUUGGUUGUGAUGUUUGUGGUAAAAGAUUUAACCAGCAGAUACAGCUUAAGCGACACAUUAGAGUUCAUUCAGGAGAGAGACCAUUUGGCUGUGAUAUUUGUGGUAAGAAAUUUACAGUACAGGUAAAUCUUAAGACACACAUGAGACUCCACACAGGAGAGAAACCAUUUGGCUGUGACGUGUGUGGUAAAAGAUUUAACCAGCUGAUACAUCUUAAGACACACGUGAUAGUCCACACAGGAUAGAAAUUAUUUACCAAGCCCAUUGGUAAGAACCACAGCAGUUGUGCAGCAGCAGUGUUUUGUUGUAUUUUGUUUUUGUCUUUCUCUUGUAUUUAUUUUAAAAUAUGUAUAAAGAAGUAUUGUGGUUAAAAUGCUGCCUACUGAAGCUAUCUAUGUUUAGAAGUUCAAAGAAAGUUUUCUAUGGAGUUAAUUUUGUUUCAUUAUUAUUUGUAUUACAGAUGAGUGUUCCGUGUGCAAGUGUGUAAUCUGUAAAAAUAAAACACUUUCCACAAAA